GGAUAAGCCAAACACGAGGCAUUCAUAUACAGUUGGCAUUCUAGAUACAUGAUUAAACUGCAAGCGUGUCCGUCUGUGAGCGCGGGCGGCCGGGCGGGCGUGCGUUACUAUGUGGCGUCUGCAGUCUGACGAUAAUGCGGCGAGUGGACUGACGCAACAGAAGAGCGUCGAGCCGCAGCUUCGGCGACUGACUGCGGGUUUGCGGCGACGCCAGCAGGCGGCCCUACCACGACGCGCGUAUAGCUUAGAGUACCCUUCCCGGCAUAUCCAGGUUGAGCGAUAUGCGCACGCCCUAGUCCGAGUCGUCGCGGUCGCCGAGCCGCCGAGGCCUGGGAUAAUCGAUCUUCUCGCGCUUCGCAGGGGCGCUCGCACCUGCACCGGAGCCUCCACCUCCCACAGAGCCAAGAAGCGAGCGCCCGUGCCGCGCAACAGGAACGAACACGAGCGCGCCCAUGACGAGCACGAGGAACGCGAUGCUCAGCUUGUGCAGCCGAUCGAGGGUGCGCAGGCCCUCCGGGCCUUCGGGGGGCAUGCGGCCCGCCGCGACCUCGGCAUCCAUCAUGCGGACGGUCGCGUCGGUGUCGUAGCCAGCGGCGCGGGCGCGCUGGCGGAACUGCAUGACGUACGCUAUUGUCUCGGGGGUUGUGGUGGGGCCGGGGGUCGGAACGGCGUAUGUGCGGAUGAGGGAGGAGGUGGGUGCCGGGGCGAGGACGCGCGUCCGCGCGCGCAGUGGCGCUCUCGCUGAUGAUCGGAGAGAUCGGAGGGCUCGUGACGGGAAUGUCAUUAGGUGAUAUGUGGCGAGAUGGUGAGAGAUGAGAAAGUGCGGAGAGGCUGAGGAGAGACUCAGGUACUCCAACAUGAGAAUGUGGAGGUGUCGGCAGUCACGUGAGACCUAACGAGACCCGAGUCCGCUCGGUGCUCUCGGGCCUCUCCAGUCCGUCCGAGCGCGGCGAAGACGCGAUAAUUAUGCAUGAGAUGUGC